AUUCUAACCAAACACUUUCAAAAUUUACAAAAAUUACAAACAAUAUUUUUUCUAAAUAGUUAAUAACAUAAUGAACGAUCAGAAAAAAAGUAUAUUGGACAAAUUAUACGAAUGUGUAAACAAUAGCGUCGAUUGGGGUGUAAAGAAUACAAAACAUCCUUGUCCACCGAAGAAAAAAUCUACAAAAAAAGGUUCAGUUGAAGACGAUUGGGAGAGGAAAAAAAAUCGUCAGGCCGAAUUAGAAAGUAAUGAAAAAUCGGAAACUGGUGAUGAUCAAUAUUCUCAAGGGACAAGAGGAGAUAAUCGAGAUUUUCAAGAAAAAUCACAGGAUAAUUCAGAUCAUCAAAAGCAAAAGGAAAUAAUUCCAACCGAAGAGGAACGACCUUGUUGUGAUAUUCAAAUGCAGGAUCCCUCUGCACCGUGCUAUGAAACUGAAGAAAAGCAAUUUAAAUCGUGUCAAUGUAAAAAAGUCUAUUCGAAUGAACCACGCGAACCUACUUCAGCCUGCGAUUGUUCUGAACACGAUAGAGUUUACACAGGAAACGAAACCCUUUUCGGUGAAGAUAUUCGAUUAGAAAGAGCUUGAGGAACAAAAGAAAUUUUUGUUUUUUCUUUGACUAUACUAUUCCACAUUUUAUAUGACGAAUAGUGCAAAAAAAAACUGCGACGUUCAACUGUUUUCUUCUUUACGCUUUUUUUCCAAAAUAGGUAAUUCAUCAUUUUUUAU